AUGUCGGAUGAGAAACUCCCCACAUACUUUAUCGGUCACGGCGGAGUUAGCAUCCUCUUCAAACCCGGCUACGGGCCCGUUCAACAAGAUCUUCGCGAGAUCGGCAAGGAAAUCAAGGCUCUCAAACCGGAAGCUAUCGUCGUCACUUGUGGCCAUUUUCAAGGCGAAAGUGAUGCUAUCGAAGUGAACCUCAAAGCGCCCACCAAGGUGUGGCAUGACUUGGGACCUUCCUGGCACACGACAUUCCCACACGUCUUCGAGUACCAAUACGAGCAUAAGUCGUCUAGAGCCCUAGGAGAGAAGGUAUUGCAGCAUCUUCUCGAUCAAGGGAUCAAAGCGGCGGGAGUGGAACGCGAUCUUGACCACGGAAUAUGGGUACCCUUCAAACUCAUGUUCCCUGAAGGAGAGGACGAACUGGAUAUCCCCAUCCUGCAGAUUUCCACCUACGCAGGAAACGAUCUGAAUGCACACGUCCGGCUGGGCGAGGCACUUUCGUCCUUACCCGGUCGCAUUCUCCUCAUUGGAUCAGGUAUGAUCGUUCACAACCUUCGAGCUACUCGCGAAGGAACAGCCGACACAACAGUGGCUAGAUCAAUAGAAGAUGCGGCUCUAAAGGCAUUGUCUGCCCCGACCCCCAGAGAGAGAAACGCGCAGUUUCUAGCAUUCCAAAAGCGUGAGGAUUGGUUGGACGCUCACCCUACUGAGGAACAUGUUUUACCGUUAUAUAUGACUCUGGGCGUCGGGCGCGACUGGUCAAAAUAUAAGGUCUGGAAUCAGGACCGGUAUAUCAUAGGACAGUCAUACCUGUCGUUUCGUCUUGGAAAGCUGCCUUCAGCGGGUGAGGGUUUGAGUGGGCGUCUGUGA